CUCAAUCUUAUUGAUCCAGAAGGUGGCUAAUUAGCCCUUCCCGUCGUGCCUGUGUAAUGAAGCACAUGCGCACUGAAUUAAUCACAGCCAUUUUUUGCAGGAAACUAAUUAGCAGGAAUAAAGAUCCAAAGAGUUUUUUUCCUUUUCAAUCAUCAGAUCUCACUUUCACCUCUUCCUCUCUCCCUCCAACACAAGACACAUCGCCUGCUUAGCAUCCAAAUUAUUUUUAUAUAGGCAGCCUUUUACAACUAGCGAAUACUCGCGUGUUUUUUUUCCACUCUCUCCGCAACAACAAUGAUCUUUCUUUUUGCAUCGUGAACGCGAACUGCCCGAACGGGACCGCCGAGCGCCCGCCGGCCGCCCCGCCGCCCGCCUUCAUGGGAUCUGUAGCCGAACCGACUCCGUUCUGGAUUAAAACGCGCGGAUCACAAAGCGGCUGCGAAAACAUAGCCCAGAUGCGAUGAACGCCUCAAGUAGGCAUCAGCAUGGAAAGCUGUGAGUCUCCCGUGGCUUCUGGGACAGACGAUGGGCUCACCAGCACCAGCUCCCAGCAGCAGCGCCCUCCACAGCACUGGAACGAUCUUUCUAACGCACAGGUCCCCCCCAGCAGCCAGCCCCCAUCCUUGGAGCCUCUGUCCCUGUCCACCCCCUACCCUCCCCAGCUACAAGUUUCCGACACGUCUCUUGAGAGUGUGACGCCGCAGCAGACUCGGUCUGUACGCUUGUCCUCUAGCAUCAGUUCACCAUUAAGACAACAGCAGUCAAGAAGGGUGGGGCUGGGAGAGGAGGAAGGAGGCGUCAGCCGUGGAGACGAGGAGGAUGAGGAGCUCGACGACUUUGACGAAAUGGAGAUUGACACCUGUUUUCCAAGUCUGCAGUCCUUCUCUGCGUUGCCCAUAGACCCAGAGGAAGGAGCAAUGCCAACACUCCUGCGGCAGCACAAGGCACGACGGAGAGAGGGCACGGAGAGCGGGAGCGAAGAGGGAGAGGAGGAGGACAGCAGCGACGUGGAGAACCUCGCUGGGGAGAUCGUCUACCAGCCCGAUGGCUCAGCCUACAUUGUGGAGAGCUUGAGCCAGCUGAUCCAAAGUGACGGGGGCACGGUGCCCAACCUGCUCCCCAUAAACUCCCUCCCUGGCACAGGGACGCUGGGGGAAUCCACCAGGACUUCAUCCUCGGUCUACCCACAGAUCAUCAACACUUUCCACAUAGCCUCAUCUUUUGGCAAGUGGUUCGGCUCUUCAGACCAAGGAUUCCCCAGUACCUCAAGCCUGGCAGGCCUCAGUCCUGUCCUGCACAGUUUCCGCGUCUUUGAUGUGCGGCACAAAAGCAACAAGGAAUACCUGAACAGUGACGGGUCUGCCAAGAAGUCCUGCGUAUCCAAAGAUGUUCCCAACAAUGUGGAUUUUUCCAAAUUUGAUGGGCUUGCCCUCUAUGGCAAGGGCAAGCCCAUCCUCAUGUGUUUCCUCUGCAAGCUGUCAUUUGGCUACGCACGCUCCUUCGCCACGCACGCCGUGCACGACCACCGCAUGACCCUGAACGAGGAUGAGCGCCGGCUGCUGGGCCACAAACAUGCCUCCGCCAUCAUCCAGGGUAUUGGGAAGGACAAAGAGCCUCUCAUCAGCUUCUUGGAACCAAAAAACAAGAGCUCUGCCACGCCACCCACGUUAGUGCCGCAGAGCUUCUACGGCACGUUCAGCGGGGUCCACUUGGACACUGGCAACGGCGGUGGGGCCGAGGCCCUUCACAGCAAAGACCCUGACGUGGGUCUCCAGCAGUCCCCUCUGGGGCCUCUGCUGACACUGGGAGCCCUGGGCAGCCCAAAGCCGCCCCCACUCACCCCAGCCCCAGGCCCUGCCAAAGACUCCAGCACCCUGCCCCUGCUUGGGGUGAGAGCAGAGGGGCAUCCUGGGAGAGAGGGAACACACAGGGGAGAAGAUGGGCAGAGGGAGCUGGCGGAUGGUAAAGGAGUCCUGCUGAGUCCAGAGGUGGACUCUGAGGAGGAUGAGGAGGAACUGUUAGAGGAGGAGGAGGAAGAGGAGGAAAGCCCUGCGAUAGCAUGUGGCAGCAGUAGCAGCAGCGGCGGCGGAGAAGGGGGGAGACCAACUGUCUCAAACCAAAGCAUUUCCAAAUCUCUUUUAUUAAUGCCUAGUAGCGCUCUCCAGCCUUCUGCCUGCCCUUCUGCGGCCAGCCCCACGCACAGCAGCAAAGCCCCUACCUCCACAUGCUCACCCCCGUCCAGGGUGCCAGCUGCAGAUAGUGGAGGGAGGACCUCAGAGACCCCCUCGAGCUUUAACUGCCAGGGGUCUUCCCUCCCCACAGCAGGGGUGGCGGCCAAUGGCCGAGGAGAUAAGGACGACAGGCCCAUGUGCCUGUCGAGCUCCGCGUCCUCCCUGCUGGCCUCCCGUGCGGCCUCCGACGAAAGUGCCAAUCAAGACAGUGCCACAGCUCCUGAACCAAAUGACAGCCCAGCCGAGGGGGAGGAGGACGGCGGGGCCUUCCUGCACCAUCACCACCUUUAUCACCAUCACCACCACCACCUCCACCCCUCGCCACACACCCACAGCCACUCGCACUCCCAUCCCGGAACACCGUGCGACUCAGCCAACGUCGGUGAGUGCCCUCAGAGUCAUGGGGUCGGUGGCGGUGGAGGCAGCGGGGUCGAAUGCCCCAAGUGCGAUACUGUGCUGGGCUCCUCCCGCUCUUUGGGAGGUCACAUGACCAUGAUGCACUCAAGGAACUCCUGCAAGACACUCAAGUGUCCCAAAUGCAACUGGCACUACAAAUACCAGCAGACUCUGGAGGCCCACAUGAAGGAGAAGCACCCAGACUCUGGAGGCUCCUGCAUGUACUGCAGCAGCGGGCAGAGCCAUCCUCGCCUGGCACGGGGUGAGAGCUAUACCUGUGGCUACAAGCCCUUCCGCUGUGAGGUGUGCAACUAUUCCACCACGACCAAGGGAAACCUGAGCAUCCACAUGCAGUCAGACAAGCACCUCAAUAACAUGCAGACGCUGCAGAACGGUGGCUCUGUCCCCUCUGCCGGAGAGCAGGUGUAUGGCCACACCCCUGGGGGUGUGGUCCCUGUGCCCCCAGCCACGCAGGCUGCAGCCCACCACCACCAUCACCCUGCACAAAGCGCAGGUCACACAGGUGCCGCCUGCGGAGCACCUUCCCCCACUAAGCCGAAAAGCAAGCCAACGUGGCGCUGUGAGGUUUGUGACUAUGAGACCAACGUAGCACGGAACCUGCGCAUCCACAUGACCAGCGAGAAGCACAUGCACAACGUGAUGCUGCUGCAGCAGAAUGUGGCACAGAUGCAGCACAGCCGCCUGGGGGGACUGUCCUCGCCCUCCGAGGCUGAGCUCUAUCAGUACUACUUGUCCCAGAACAUGACCCUCCCGCCUGGCCUCAAGAUGGACCCGGCUGGAGCUGACACCCAGUUCCUGCUUGGUGGCUUCCACCUGGACCCCAAUGUGGCAGCCCUGGCUCCUGCUCUCGUAGGCGGAGAGAUCCCAAUGGACAUGCGGCUGGGCGGUGGGCAGCUGGUGUCCGAGGAGCUCAUGACCCUGGGGGAGAGCCUGUCGCAGACCAGUGACCCCUCCCUAAAGCUCUUCCAGUGCGCCGUGUGCAACCACUUCACCACGGACAACGUGGAUAUGCUGGCGGUGCACAUGGGGGCUGAGCGCAGCCUGCCUGAGGAGGAGUGGCGUGCCACCGUGGGCGACUCGCACCAGUGCAAGCUGUGCCGCUACACAACGCAGCUCAAGGCCAACUUCCAGCUGCACUGUAAAACAGACAAACACGUGCAGAAGUACCAGCUAGUGGCGCACAUCAAGGAAGGUGGUAAGGGCAAUGAGUGGCGCCUCAAGUGCGUUGCCAUUGGCAACCCGGUACACCUCAAGUGCAAUGCCUGUGACUACUACACCAACAGUCUGGAGAAGCUCCGGCUCCAUACGGUUAACUCCCGCCAUGAGGCCAGCUUGAAGUUGUACAAGCACUUGCAGCAGCACGAGAGCGCUGUGGAGGGUGAUACCGGAUACUAUCACUGCGCGCUGUGCAACUACUCGACCAAGGCCAAGCUGAACCUCAUCCAGCACGUGCGCUCCAUGAAGCACCAGCGCAGCGAGAGCCUGCGCAAACUGCAGCGGCUGCAGAAGGGCAUGCCCGAGGAGGAGGAGGACCUCGGCGCCAUCUUCACCAUCCGGAAGUGCCCCUCCGCUGACACGGGAGAGCAGGCUGAGGAUGUGGAGGCCACCAGCGAGGGCGCCGCACUCCAGGAGGACCAAACCAAAGAGCGCGACAGUGGGGGGGAGAAGGAGCCCAGCAAAGGUACAGGAGCAGCCGACCAGGUGGAGAGGGAGCAGACAGACUCUCCGAUACCAUUGAAACGGCCUUCCUCAAGAUCGGGAGGAACAGAGAGCCCCCUAACUUCUAAGCGUCCCAAAACAGCUGACAAGGUGGCUGAUGAGCAGCUGUACCAAUGUCCCUACUGCAAGUACAACAGCAGCGACUUGAACCGUAUGAAGAUGCACGUGAUGACGCAACACUCUGUCCAGCCCAUGUUCCGCUGUCCACUGUGCCAGGAUAUGCUCAACAACAAGAUCCACCUGCAGUUCCACCUCACGCAUCUCCACAGUGUGGCACCUGACUGCGUGGACAAGCUAAUUGCCACGGUGACACCAUCAGAGGUGCUGCCAGCAAAUAUGUUCAUGUCAGCCUCAAGUCCGGAGAAAGAUGGGCAGAAUACCUCACAGAAUGUAACUAGCUCAAGCUUGGAUGACACAAGGAAGCAGACAGAAGCCUCAGAAGCAGAGCCUGAGAAAAGGCCUCUUCCACCAACAGAUGUAGCUGAAGCCCACAAAUUGCCCCUUGAGGAACACCAGUUAACUAAAGAGGACUCUGCUGGUUUCCUUUGUUGGAAGAAAGGGUGUAAUCAAGUGUUCAAGUCCUCUGGUGCUCUCCAGAUGCACUUCACUGAAGUCCACAACAAGAGACCACAGCUGCCUGUUUCAGAACGACAUGUAUACAAGUACCGCUGCAACCAGUGCAGUUUGGCCUUCAAAACUGUGGAGAAACUGCAGCUGCAUUCACAGUACCACAUAAUCAGAGCAGCCACCAUGUGCUGCCUCUGUCAGCGCAGCUUCAGGACUCUACAAGCCUUGAAGAAACACCUAGAGACCACUCACCUGGAGCUGAGUGAUUCUGACAUCCACCAACUGUAUGGGGGCUUGUUUAUGAAUGGAGACCUCACAAUAAUUGGUGAUCCAUCACUGGGAGAAGAUCAAGGUGUUCUGGCCGAAGAUGAAAAGGAAGGUGAGGAAAGUGAUCCGGAGGAAAAGCAAAGUCCAACUGGCAGCGACUCUGGCUCAUUUCAAGAAGAUUCUGGAUCAGAACCUAAACGCGCCUUGCCAUUUAGGAAAGGCCCCAACUUUACCAUGGAGAAGUUUCUGGAUCCAUCCCGGCCUUUUAAGUGUACAGUAUGUAAGGAGUCAUUUACCCAGAAAAAUAUUCUCCUUGUCCACUAUAACUCUGUUUCACACUUGCACAAGGUCAAGCGUGCCUUGCAGGAAUCCAGUAGUGGCCAAUCUGAGCUCACCAGCAGUCCUGAUAAUAAGCCGUUCAAGUGUAGCACGUGCAACGUGGCAUACAGCCAGAGCUCUACACUGGAGAUUCACAUGCGUUCGGUUCUUCAUCAGACUAAAGCCCGAGCAGCCAAGCUCGAAGCAGCCGGUGGCAGUUGUUCCAUCAGUGCUCUCAGCACUGGAGGAGGGUCUUCAGCAGGUACUUCUACUCCAAGUCCUAAUCCAGUUGCCACAUCAACAAGCACCAUAAGCAACAAUAAUUCUUCAACAGUUCAGAGUGUGCAAAGCAUUCUUGGUGGUAGUCAUAUCAACCAGUCACAUAACAUUGAAAAUUUAGGGAAUGCUUCAAACUCUUGUCAUCCUUCACCUUCUGAAAACCAUGAUGGAAAGAAGAAAUUUGACAUGCUCUCUUCAAGGGGGCAACAGCAGCACUUACAACAGCAGCAACAGCUGGCUCAGGCUCAAGCCCAGGCCCAAGUCCAGCUACAGCAAGAAUUGCAGCAGCAAGCUGCCCUUAUUCAGUCUCAGCUUUUCAACCCAGCACUUCUUCAGCACUUCCCCAUGACCACUGAUGCUCUUCUCCCACUGCAGCAGCAGCAGCUUCUCUUCCCUUUCUACAUCCCUGGAGCUGAAUUCCAGCUGAACCCAGACAUAAACCUCAGUAGCUCUGCACUUAGCCUUGCUAGCUCCUCUGCUAAUGCUUUGCUGGAGGACUUGAAGAAUUCACAGGCACAACAAAGCUGUCUACAGCAGCAGCUGAUGCACCAUCACCUCCAGCAGCAACACCAACAGCAGGCCCAGUCACAGGCUCAGAGCCAGAUGGCUUUGCUUCAGCAGAACACAUCCCUCCUACAUCAAAAUGAGAAGAAAUUAAAACCCUCUCUUCAUAAUGAGAAAGACCGUGAUGUUCAGAGGGAUAAGGAAAUUAAUGAGAAAACAGAAGAUCACUCCUCCAAUGAUGGUGUGGACAUCAACAAAUCAAAAGAUAAGAAAGAUCAGCAACAAAGUGUACUUUGUGGGAACCAAGACCCUAAUUUUCCUCCACCUAGAAUUGCUUCAGAUGCUCGAGGAAAUGCGACAAAGGCCCUUUUAGAGAACUUUGGCUUUGAAUUAGUGAUACAGUACAAUGAGAAUAAGCAGAAAGUGCUAAAGAAACCCACAGGAACUGGACCUUCUGGUUCAGCAGGAAUUACCAGGAUGGUUGAUUCAAUUGAUGGUAUUAAAAAGCUGGAGUGUGAAGCCUGUGGCAAGCUCUUUUCAAAUAUAUUAAUCCUUAAGAGUCAUCAAGAGCAUAUACAUCAAGAAUUUUUUCCAUUUCAGUCAUUGGAGAGAUUUGCAAAGGAAUAUAGGGAGCAGUAUGACAAGUUAUAUCCCUUGAGACCACAGACACCUGAGGCUGGUCCUCCACCUCCUCCUCCACCCCCACCACCACCUCCUCCUCCACCCCCACCUCAGCGUGCUUCAACACCAAAUAUUCCUGUCUCAGCACCUUCUCUUACACCCCCAGCCAUUCCUGCUCCUCAGACCCCAGUGCCCAUGACUCAGAUCCCCAUGCCUAUGGAGCUACCGCUCUUCUCACCUCUUAUGAUGCAGUCCAUGUCCCUUCAGUCUUUGCCUUCUCAAAUCCCAGCUCAUUUACCAUCUGUUGAGCCAGGCUUGGCUACUGAUCUAGCACAACUGUACCAACAGCAGCUCACUCCAGCUAUGUUACAACAGCAACAGCAGAACAAAAGACCAAGAACACGUAUUACAGAUGAUCAGCUGAGAGUCCUGAGGCAGUACUUUGACAUUAACAACUCCCCAAAUGAAGAACAGAUUAAAGAAAUGGCUGACAAGUCUGGUCUCCCUCAAAAAGUCAUUAAGCACUGGUUCCGUAACACGCUUUUCAAGGAGCGCCAACGUAACAAAGAUUCGCCUUACAACUUCAGCAAUCCACCCACUACCACACUAGAGGAUGCAAAAAUCGAUUCCAAGCCACCAUCCCCUGAACCACAGAAGCAGGACUGUUAUGGAAGCAGGAGAUCCUCAAGGACAAGAUUUACUGAUUACCAGCUAAGAGUGCUGCAAGAUUUCUUUGAUGCUAAUGCCUAUCCAAAAGACGAUGAAUUUGAACAGCUCUCCAAUCUGCUCAAUUUGCCCACCCGAGUCAUAGUGGUAUGGUUCCAAAAUGCACGCCAGAAAGCCCGCAAAAACUAUGAGAACCAAGGAGACGGCACCAAGGAAGGGGAUCGUCGGGAGUUAUCCAAUGAUCGUUAUAUCCGCACCACUAACUUGAACUACCAGUGUAAGAAGUGCAGCAUGGUCUUCCAACGCAUUUUUGAUCUCAUUAAACAUCAGAAGAAGUUGUGUUAUAAAGAUGAAGAUGAGGAAGGGCAAUAUGACAGCCAAAAUGAGGAUUCUGUGGAUCUUUCUCAUGAAUUCUAUACCCCAUCUGGGUCCUCAUCUCACACUCCAAUCCCAUCUUCCUCCAGCCUUUGUUCUCUUCCUCUUCCCACCUCAGCUCAUUUGAUAUCCUCAGAAAAAGAUGAGGCCUCGCCUGUUAAUACAUCCAGCUCUUUUGAUGAAAAACCUAAAUAUUUAGGAGGUGAAACAACCUCAGAGCCACGGGAGAACCAGGUCCCUGUAAAACAGGAAGGUCUUCAACAACUACAGCCUGAGACUCAAAUGCAGAGGCUACCACGAGAUGAAAAGGCACAAACAACUCCAAAGGCUCAAACACUUCUCUCUCCUUCUGCCUCUCAACAGAAGCACCAGAGUAGUCCCUCAGUAUCGCAGGCUAACCCAGGACCUUUACAAAGCUCGCAUAUGAUCCUUAACCCACUUCUGACAACUGGCUCACAACAGCAGCAGCAGUUAGCCCAACAGAUUGUCCCAUAUCAGUGUGAACAAUGCAAGCUUGGAUUUCCAUCAUUUGAACACUGGCAGGAGCACCAGCAGCUUCACUUCUUGACUGUGCAAAACCAGUUCAUUCAUCCCCAGUUCUUAGAUCGUCCUAUGGACAUGCCCUUCAUGUUAUUUGACCCCAGCAAUCCCUUGCUAGCAAGCCAGCUGUUUCCAGGGGCUGUACCACAGAUUCCUAGCAGUUCUGCCGCUUCACCUUCAACACCCACCUCAACCUUAAACUCACUAAAGAGGAAACUUGAGGAUAAACCAGGCAUUAGUCCUGGGGAAAAUGAUAGUGCUAACAGUGGGGAGGAGCCACAGCGGGACAAGCGCCUCAGAACUACCAUUACACCUGAACAGCUUGAGAUUCUCUAUCAGAAAUAUCUAUUGGAUUCCAAUCCCACACGCAAGAUGUUGGAUCACAUCGCCCAUGAAGUUGGCCUCAAGAAAAGAGUGGUCCAAGUGUGGUUUCAGAAUACAAGAGCAAGAGAAAGGAAAGGGCAGUUUCGAGCUGUAGGGCCUGCUCAGGCCCAUCGUCGUUGUCCCUUUUGUCGUGCUCUGUUCAAGGCUAAGACUGCUCUUGAGGCCCAUAUUCGUUCACGCCACUGGCAUGAAGCCAAGCGUGCUGGGUACAACCUGGCUUUAUGUAGCAUGCUUCCUGAACAAGAAGGGGUGCACUUGAAGAUGGAUCCCCUUGACAUAUCACACUUUUCACAGCUCUCCUCUACCAAUAAUGAUGGACAGUGUUCCUCUCUGUCACCAGUGAGCAAAAGCAUAGAUAUGUCUCCACAUGCUUUGCUCAGCCCUGCUGCAAUUAAAGUAGAGGGAAUGGAGGACUUUGAAAGCCCAACUAUGUCAUCUGUCAAUUUAAGCUUUGAUCAGAAUAAGCUGGACAAUGAUGACUGUUCAUCUGUGAACACUGCAAUCACUGACACCACCACUGGUGAUGAGGCUAUUGUUGACAAUGACAGCUCAGAUGCAAAACAUGGUCAGAACAGCAAUGACUUUCUGUCCAAGACUGGGGGCAUGGCUCCCUCCCUUGACAACGAUGACCAGAUGUCUUCCGAGUUGGUUAGCCCUGCAACAAGUUAUUAUGCUAAGGAUUUUGAGAAUGAGACUCUGGUGGACUACAGUGAGACGUCUAGUCUUGCAGACCCGUGCUCGCCAAGCCCAGGAGCUUCUGGAAACAGGAGCAUUGACAAUGGGGACCGACCGGGCCAAAAGCGCUUCCGUACACAGAUGACGAAUCUCCAGCUGAAGGUGCUUAAGUCUUGUUUCAAUGAUUACAGGACCCCCACUAUGCUGGAGUGUGAAGUACUUGGCAAUGACAUUGGACUUCCAAAGAGAGUGGUUCAGGUGUGGUUUCAGAAUGCCCGUGCCAAGGAAAAGAAAGCCAAGCUGAGCAUGGCCAAGCAUUUUGGUAUAAACCAAACGUCUUAUGAGGGACCCAAAACAGAAUGCACUUUGUGUGGCGUCAAAUACAGUGCCAGGCUUUCAGUUAGGGACCACAUCUUUUCCCAGCAGCACAUUUCUAAGGUGAAGGACACUAUUGGUAGUCAACUGGACAAGGAGAAGGAGUAUUUUGACCCGGCCACUGUACGGCAGCUCAUGGCUCAGCAGGAGAUGGACCGCAUUAAGAAAGCUAAUGAAGUCCUAGGACUGGCGCAGCAGCAAGCCAUGCAGCAACAAGGGAUGUUUGACAGCCCAGCCCUGCAGGCGCUGAACCUUUCAUCAGCCUACCCCACCUUGCAGGGCAUUCCUCCGGUCCUCCUGCCUGGGGUAGGCAGCUCUUCUUUAUCAGGAUUUACUUCAUCAAAUACAGUUUUAACACCUCCAAAACCACCGAACCUCUUGAGCAUGCCUGGUAACAGUGUUCCUUCACCCAGCCUUCCCACCUCUGGAUUACCCAACAAAUCCCCUGCCUCUUCUUUAGUUUCAGCCAGUCCAGUGCAGACCAGCAACUCCACUGCUCAGUCUGCUUCAACCUCCACCUCCACACCCAUUCCCACUGCCACCUCCACCUCUACAGCAACUCAGUUAGGUCCACGGCCUGAACUGCCCAAAGAACGUGAUGCUGACAGGCCUAAGGAGAAGGAGAAGCCCAAGGACAAGCUAGAGAAGCCAUCGGCCCCAUCUUCGUCUGGGGUCACGCCAGCACCUUCCACCUCUGCUGCCAGCGCCAAGAAAGAUAAACCAGACACUGCGGUUCCUGCCACCUCUAUGCCAACUCCUGGUAUGGAAUAUGUAGUUGAUCCAGCCCAACUCCAAGCCCUACAGGCUGCUCUGGGGUCGGACCCGACAGCUCUGCUAACCAGCCAAUUUCUUCCCUACUUCAUGCCUGGCUUCUCGCCCUACUAUGCCCCACAGAUACCUGGGGCUCUGCAAGGCGGCUACUUGCAGCCAAUGUACAGCAUGGAAAGCCUGUUCCCGUAUAGUCCAGCUUUAUCGCAGGCUCUGAUGGGGCUCUCCCCCGGCUCUCUGCUUCAGCACUACCAGCAAUAUCAGCAGAGUCUGCAGGAGGCACUACAGCAGCAGCAGCGGCAUCUUCAGCAGCAACAGCAGAAGCAGCAACAGCUUCAGCCACCCAAAGCAAACCAAACACCCAUUUCCUAUCAAACACCAGGAACUUCAGACCGUAAAGAAUCUGCCAAAGAUGGAGUGAAAGCUGAGGAGCAGAGAGAGGCCAACAAGAACCCCUCUUCUGAGCCUCAAGAGAUGAACAGCAAAGGUGUCGACCCUUUGCUGGACCAGUACAUCGUCCCAAAGGUGCCGUGCCGGCUGGCGUGCCGCAAGUGUCAGGCUGUCUUCAGCAAGGAGGAGGCGGCCAUCAGCCACCUCAAAUCCAUGUGCUUUUUUGGCCAGUCUGUGGUGAACCCACAAGAGCUACUGCUGCGGAUCCCCAACGGCAGGAGUGCGGGAGAGGGCAGCCUGUACGACUGCCUGGCCUGUGAAACCACCCUGGACGGUGACAAAGCGUUAAGUCAACAUCUGGAGUCAACCCUGCACAAACACAGAACAAUCAAGCGAUCAGCGAGAAAUGCCAAAGAGCACGCGACUUGUUUAUUACCUCACUCUCCAGCCUGCUUCCCCAGUCCUAACAGCACAUCUACCUCGCAGUCUGCCGCCCACUCCAACAACAGCCCCCCAGCCCUGCCAGUGACACCCGCCGCCAUCACAUCCUCGAGCUCCACCGCCUUGUCCACGGCCGCUGCCGCCCCUCACACCGCCACUGCUGGCAAACCCUGGUCCCCAGCCCCCUUCUCCAGAGCUUUACCGGGGAAGCUGAAUCCCAUGUCCUCUGUGGCCACUUCUUCUUUUCCUCCAGUUUCCUCACCUUCAACGGUUACCUCAAGUUCAUUGAGCACCUCAGGGGUUCAGACCUCCAUACCAACAGACGUCUUUACUGACGAAUCUGACUCUGAGAGCAGUCAGAAGUCAGCAGGCCGGUUGGGCUGUGCGGCUGAGGAGCCGCCGCCACCGCCACAGCCACCCGGCUGUCUCAAAGACACUAGUAGUUGUAGUAGUAAUCUCGGUAGUAUAGGAACAGACUCCAUCAGAUUGUAAACAAGCUUUCAACAAUGGACAAUGUUUAAAAAAACACAAAGCAAAACAAA